AUGAGCAGAUUUGUAGCAACACAGAGAGACAGAUUCUAAACACCGUCAAAAUUGACUUUUUAAAUAUCAUGGAGACAUGGGAAAAAGCUUUCGAGAGAGUCCAGGAUGCAGAACUCACACAGAAAUAUGGCCAUCUUUGGACUUUACACAUUAAUAACACCAUUGACUCAGAGUUGACUUCUACUCAGCAACAGCAAGGAUGGAAGGUUUACCAAACAUCUUCAUUUGGCAGAUUCAACUGUCCCAGUUGCAGACACUCUUGGGAGUCUGCUCGAGUCUCUCUCACUUUUCAUUAUCGCCUUGUUGCAUCUUCAAGUGGAGAAGUCCGUUUGAGACUUUUUAGGCAGAAGUGUCGAACAUGUAGACAAAAUGACAUGCUGACAGCAACAUUUAAAGGAGACAAUAAGCAUGAAGUGUUGACAAGGCUGAUAACCAAAAUAAAGAAAAACUGUUAUCGAGAGGUGAUAAAUAAUGUUUCAUAUUCAGGUGCAUCGAAGAUUACUAAACCUCAUGAGGCCUCUUUAUGUGAAGCUUGUAUCUUGGGCAGAUGUAACAGGGAAGCCUGAAUUAUAUACAUUUUGUUGUUGUUUUUUUUAAACAACUAUCGGCUUAGAUCUUUAUAUUCUGACAGUAUCUUUUUUUCUGGCUUGAGCUGCAUUAUAAUAACGUCCAUUAUCGUAAGAUAUUCCUUAUCGAAGUUUAUAGUUCUAAAACCAGAAAUGCAGAGAGAAUAGAGAUCAAUAAACAAUAGUGAAUAACAUGUGAAGUAGAACUAAAGCUGAUACAGAAAUAAUGGCAAUACAAUUCGUAGAAGGAUGUAAGAAAAAGAGGUUGGAUGACGUCAAGCCAAUAAGGCAAUUGGAUUAUUGAAGCAUUUCUAUUACCUGUGGAAAAUACUGCUUCAAUUCUCAGCAAUUUUCUCACAGCCUCUCAUUAUCCUGAAGUGCAUUAAAUUAGUGUUGGUCACUGGGAAAAUAUGAGCAUCAAUACACCACUAUCACAACUACAAAUGCAAAAAAACAAAUACACACUUCAUUGUUAAAUAACUUUGUAGCAUUUUUGUAAUUAAGUUUACAUUGUAAUAUCUAACUUUCAAGACAAUCCUUAAAAGUUAAAGGACCACUAUAGUGCCAGGAAAACAUACUCGUUUUCCUGGCACUAUAGUGCCCUGAGGGUGCCCCCACCCUCAGGGACCCCCUCCCGCCGGGCUCUGGGGAGAGGAAAGGGGUUAAAACUUACCUUUCUCCAGCACCGGGCGGGGAGCUCUCCUCCUCCGAUCCUCCUCCUCUCCUCCCAUUCGGCUGAAUGCGCACGCGCGGCAAGAGCUGCGCGCGCAUUCAGCCGG